GCCACGCAGCCGCUGGAGCAGACGCUGAGGCCCGUGGAGCUGGAACAACCUCUCAGUGCAGAGGAAGACCUCGCCAGCUCGGAGGUGCCAGCACAGGGGUGAAGGAUGCUGCUCUGGGUGAUCUUCCUCGUGACUCUCACCCUCAGCAGCGGCUCCCAUGGUUCCCUGCCCUCUCAGCCUCUCAGGAUCCCACGGUACGCAGAUGCCAUCUUCACUAACAGCUACCGGAAGGUUCUGGGCCAGCUGUCUGCCCGCAAGCUACUCCAGGAUAUCAUGAACAGGCAGCAGGGAGAGAGAAACCAGGAGCAAGGAGCAAAGGGCCGGCUUGGCCGUCAGGUGGACGGCGUGUGGACAGACCAACAGCAGAUGGCAUUGGAGAGCGUCUUGGUGAGCCUGCUGCAGGAGCGCAGGAAUUCCCAAGGAUGAAG